AUGGGAGGUCCAAAGAAACGCGCAUUUGACGCCAAGAACCAGCGUCCAUCUAAGAAACAAAAACGCCAACAAACACAACAAUAUGACAGUGGAUCGGGCAGCGACGGCGACGAAGACCAGGAUUUUGAUGCAGUGAACUUGCUCGACUCAGAUGACGAUAUACACAACGCAACUGUCGACGAUGCGGCUGAGUCAGAUGACGCCGACUCAUCAAGUUCUGAAGACGAGCAAUCCAGAGUGAAGAAAGCCAAAAAGUCUUCAAAACCCGCCAAGACGGCGCACAAAGAUGACGCCGAGUCUGCCGAGGGGGAAAAUGAAGACGACGACGACGAAGAAUCAGACGUUGAUGAAUAUGACCUUGACUCGGACAAUGCCACAAGCCGCCGCAAAUCAAAGCGCAAUGAUCCCAGCGCCUUCGCCACAUCCAUCUCCAAAAUUCUUUCCACAAAAUUGUCAUCGUCAAAACGUUCCGACCCCGUCCUCUCGAGAAGCGCGGCCGCACAUGAAGCCUCCAAAGCAGCCGUUGACAGCACCUUAGAAGCCAGGGCAAAGCGACACCUGCGUGACCAAAAGAAGAAGGCUCUAGAAAAGGGCCGCGUCAAGGAUGUCCUUGAAGCCAGUCGGGAUGACACCACCGGCGAAGUUGAAUCGUCAACAGCGGAGAUUCUAGACACGGAACGGAAGCUGCGCAAGGUUGCGCAAAGAGGUGUGGUUAAGCUGUUUAACGCCGUAAGAGCUGCGCAAGUCCAGGCCGCAGAGGCGGAGAAGGACGCGAGGAAGCAGGGCGUCAUAGGUAUUAAUAACCGCGAGGAAAAGGUGAACGAGAUGAGUAAAAAGGGGUUUUUGGAUCUUAUUAGCUCUGGGGGCGGAGGUUUGAAAAAGGGCGCUUUGGAGGAGGCUUAA